AUGCUGUCGAGAAGGGAAAAAUUACUCGUUCAACCCUGGGAGGAUCGUAGAUUUAAAGACCACAGAUCUAAGGUGCACUCGGCGCUGCCGGCCAUCGACGCCCGCUCGCCGGCCGCGCGCCCGCAUGUGGCGCUGAAGCUCAAGAAGUGUCAGCGCGAGCUGGACCGCAAGAACAAGAUCCAGAGCGACAACUUCAGCUUGCUGCAGCGACUGGGUGCAAUCAUGAGGGUCAACCGUCUCGACAACCACUGGGAGAAACCUUUGCCCAAUUUCCACAAGAAAGUGGGUCAGUUCUACGACGCCGACUCCAUGAGGCGACGUCUGUCGAGUCGGGAGCCACUGUCGUCCCCAGAGUCCUUCAACGGCGGUAGAUGUUACGCCUGCGAAUAUCGCAAGAUGAAAAGCAAACAAGCCUUCGAGCUGGUGUUCGAGAACGAAGACGCGAUAGAUUUACCACCAAUAAAAAUAUAUUAA